AUCAAUUCAGAUAGCCGCCGCCGACAUCGCGACACGUAUCAGCUGUUGUUGUUUACAUCCAUUCUGCACUGUAUUUAACUUAGUUUUCUCAAAAUGUGGCGUUCAUCUUCGUUCAAGUUGGUUUUAGCUGGAGGAGUAGUUGCUGCAGGUGCUGUAGCUGUAGCAGUCUACAUGUCGAAGACUAAAUGCAAGAAGACCGAGAUAAACUACAUGAUUCAAGAAUUGCAGAGGAGUCAUGUUCAUAUACGAGAUCCCGAGAGAGUGGCUUCUAUCAUUGCACAGCUCAUCAAAGAUGGACGUCAAAAUCUUCAAGUUGUUGCAGAUUUUGACAGAACAAUAACAAGGUUUAUGUUUGAAGGCAGGAAAGUACCCACUUGUCAUGCUGUCCUAGAUGAUUGCCAGGCUCUGCCUGAAAGCUACAGGGAGGCAGCACACAAGCUACGAGCCAAGUACUACCCCCUUGAGAUGGCAAAUAAUAUUACAAUCGAUGAGAAAUAUAACCUUAUGGUAGAGUGGUGGACAAGUGCGCACAAUCUGCUUGUGAAAGCUGGACUCAAGCGAUCAGACCUGAAGGAAAUGAUUGCUAGGUCAGGCAUGGUACUGAGGGAGGGAACCACGGAGCUCUUCAGGAAGCUCAGCGAAGCCGAUGUACCUUGCCUUAUCUUCUCUGCAGGAAUAGGGGAUAUCCUGUCCGAAGCCAUUCGCCAGCUUUCACAGUUCUUUCCCAACAUGCAGGUUGUUUCAAAUUUCAUGGACUUUGAUGACCAGGAUAACCUUGUUGGGUUCAAGGGUGAGCUGAUCCACACGUACAACAAGCAUGAGGUCGCUGUUCACCAUCCUGAAUUCUUUGACCGUCACAAGCAUAGAACCAAUGUCAUCCUGCUAGGAGAUACGCUAGGUGAUCUUACAAUGGCUGAUGGCAUGACGCAGGCCACUUCGAUACUUAGCAUUGGAUUCCUUAAUGAUCAUAUUGAUCAAAACCUUGAGUCCUACAAAGAGAGGUACGACAUAGUUCUUAUAUCAGAUGAAACAAUGGAUAUAGCCAAUGCUCUCCUUCAGAAAAUAUUAUAGAGACAGCCAUCAUUGCCAUUUCCUGUGACUUCUCACAUCUCACGAGAGAACGAAGACAGAGAGCAACAGUCUUCCGUCUUCUGUACCAGAAAUUAACGCAUUGCCUGCUCAAGUCUGUUAUUCUUCAAGUCUUUGUUCUAUGAAACACCCAGUUCCAGUAUCCGAUGGGUUAGCUUCAUGAAAUCCCAAGACUCAUUUGGUCUUACUUCAUAAGAGUUGGUUCACAUAACCCUAGCAGAAACAUGGUAUUACUUAAGUGAAAGCAUUUCAAGAGUAGGUAAUCUACAUACUGAGCCUUAAAUAGUAAAUUUCAUUCACAUAUUUCUGAAAAUUAACCAUGGAAUGUUCUUUAUACAAGCAGCAUUAAAAUUGGUUUCCCCGUCCAUGUCAUAUUAUAUUCCAUGAAGGAGGUAUCAAGCAUAUAACAACUGCAUGAAUUCACACACCAAUCGAGAUCUCUUUGAUGUAUUGGCAAAGCUUAUUCUGCAGAGUCAGCUUCAGUGCCCAAGGAACCAAGAUGAACUAACAAAUUUGAUGGAGGAGAAUGUUGUGUCUUUGGAUGUCAAAGAACCUCAAGGAUUGUUAUCCAUUAGGACGGAGCUCUGUCUCCAUGUAUCUCAGUCUAGGUUCUAUUGAAGGAAUUAUCAACCAAAGUUAAAUGAAGCAGUAAGGUUGCAUUGAACUGACUUUGAAAACAUGUCUUACACUCCAUUCAAGUUGUGAAUCUGCCAUUUAUGGGUAUGCUGCUCUAUCACUGCCUAGUUUCUUCUGGGGCCUGUUGCUGAAAGAGUUGCGUUAAAAUACCAAGCGCAAGUCCCAAAUACUGGUGCUUCAUUGGCUGAAAAUCAAGUUGCGCAAGAUUUUUUUUGUUGCGUCUGAUCGCAACUCUUUCUGCAACAGGCCUCAGCUUUGCUACCUAGUGCUAUAGUCACACCAAUAAAACCAGCUCUACACCAAUACAUACUGUUACUUUAUUUUGUAUUUGUAUUUGUGUAUCAGCGAUUGGUAAGAAGUCAGUUUUGUUGGUGGGUUUAUAGUGUAAACUUUGGUCAUGUCUGUUGGCUUAGCCACAUGUUGUGCUUUUGAAAAGUGGCCCCCAAGUUUUGUUGAAGUAUCCUAUGAAUAUCAUCAAGAGUUAUUUUUCUAUCUUUUAAACAAGUGAAUUGAAUCAGUGCUAGUAUCUGUCAACCAAACCAAAGCCAAAUUCAUGACCACAUUGGUAUAAUUUGAGAAUAUCAUCAUCAUUUACAUGGGGCAUCGGAUAUUAGGACUUUUAAUAGCACUUCAGUCUAUUUUUACAUUUUCCUCAAUCGUACUACUGUAACAACGGUCAGGUCUCAUGCUAGAAUGGUACUAGUAUAAAGCAUUUCCUGUAUACUUCUGUAAAACUGAAAAGGAAUUGUUGACUCAUGACAGUACAUGUUGAGCAAACACCAACAGUUACCUCUAAAUGUCUCAUACCUAGCAACUUAAAAGUAUAUAUUUUUAGAAAUGUGUGAAAAAAGGGCUACAGCUUCCAUGCUCCAACAACUCUCAUAAGAGGCUAUUUCUUUUCUUCUUUUCCAUUUUGCGCACUAACUUCAGAUUCUAAGUUCCUUGACUUUGCAAAAAACAGCAUAAUAAACCUAUCUCUCAGUGAGUCUAUAUCUUGAGUACUACAAAUGACUUGACACCAAAUUGACAGAAAUACCGUUGUCUAUUUCAACUAACAUCAUUAUUAAAUGGAUAGUGUAUUUCUGUUUAAUCAAUCAUAGUAAUUAUAAAUCAUGUAUAGGGUGUGAAGGUCAAGGAUGGUUUGAUUGGGAUAGACUGGUAUUUUAUGGUAGAUAAGCCUUGUUAUAUUUAUGAAUUGCUGAUGAAUAGUAAUUUAUUCAUAAUAUAAAUAAAUGAAUGUGAAAUAGCUAUGUA